AUGCUUAAAGACAAGCCUCCCUUUAUGCAGGACGAUGCUGACAGCUUCCAGUCUACCCCAGACUUCUUCACUCCCUUCAUCGUCGACGACAGCUACGACGCAUCGAUGUUCGCCGGAGAGCACUUCGGUGUCCAGUUCACUGACGGCUUCAUUGCGAAGCAGUCGAUGGCGACCCGACGAGAUAUGCUGGAAUAUCAGCAUCCCGCUUUGCACGAUCCGCGCGCUCCCCCGGCCUACGGGGACUCUCCAUACACUCCCCAAGUGUACAUGGAGCACGGAUAUGCCAAUGAGCAAGGCCAGGAUUACUACUCGGUCCAGCAACACGCCAUGUAUCUGGAUGAGAAGCACGUUGCCUCCAGUGUGCCACAGAGCCGUCGUCCAUCCGCUGUCGCUAGUUUCGAUGGUAGCGUCCAGAGCUCUGAGCCUGAGCGUGCUCUUGCCCUUCCCAUGAAGCGUAAGGCCUCCGAUGACGUCUCCAACUACGAUGUCGCUCCACCGCAGAAGAGGGUCGCCUCUGCGCAACUACACUUGCAGAAUCCUGCCAUCUAUGACAACAGUGGACAAACGUCUCCAUACUCGCAGUAUGUGGCCACUCCCAUGAGCACCGGCUCUUUCCAACACGGUCUUGCUCCGGGUGCUCGCAUGGGGCACAAUUACUCGACCUCAAACGCGUCGCAGGUCUCGUUGGCUGCGCCCUCUCCUCAUACUCCGGGUUGGAGCCCAUCGUUCGCUACCGUCAAGACCGAGCCUAGCCCUCCCGCUCCAAUGACACCUGUCCCACGCCCCGCCUCGAGCAGCCCGGUCAAGUCGUCUGCACCGAGACUUGUUCGCACCUCGACCAUGCAGCAGGGCUCUCCCGUCAACACGAAUAACUUUCACCCCAUUCACACUGGCAAUUUCAACCCGUAUGCCAUGUAUCCACUCAAGGCCAGCUUGAAGUUGAGGGGUGACCUCGACUCGAUGACCAAGAACUGGACCGAGGAAGAGAUCAGCGAUCGUCGCCGUCUUGUCGAGUUCAAGCGCAGCCAGGAUGGCAGUUCGAUCAAUGCUGACUUCAGUCCCGUUGCGCCCAAGGACCGCCUUCCUAGCAGCAUUACCAUCAGCUGCAUCCUCUGGAAAGAGAAAAAGGAAUAUUUCGUCACUUCCGUUGAUACCAUCUACCUUCUGGAGGCUUUGGUUGGCGUUCGCUUCACUGUCGAGGAGAAGAACCGCAUCCGUCGCAACCUCGAAGGAUUCCGUCCUGCCACUGUCUCGAAGUCCAAGCAAGACAGCGAGGAAUUCUUCAAGGUCAUCAUGGGCUUCCCUCACCCCAAGCCUCGAAACAUUGAGAAAGACGUCAAAGUCUUUCCUUGGAAGAUUCUUGCUCAUGCGCUGAAAAAGAUUAUCAGCAAGUAUUCCGCCAGCUAUUCGUCCACUGCUUCAGCCAUCAUGACUCCCCUUCCAUCCAGUUAUGGAGAGGGCAUGGGCGACAUGACUUAUCCCCCGUCCCCUCCGCCAUCCUACGCAUCGCAAUAUGUGUAUGACCAGGCGCAAUACCCACCGGGCAUGGUCCCAGGUCGCAUGUCUGCACCUGUCACCACCGCCCCCCUUCCCGAGUUGCAGCUUCAGAUGCCCACCAGCGGCCCUGGAUAUGACAUGGUCGAUCCUUACAGCUUCGCUGCCAUGCCGGGGAUGCCUCAAGCGUCGAUGCUCAUGACAUCCGAUGCUAUGACGGCCCCAAUUCGUGCUCCCUCUUGGGACUACAACCAAUUCGUCAACGAGAGUCCUGUCACAAGUGCGCCGCACAGUGCACCUCCCGGUGUAUGGGCACGCCCUCAAAUCGAGACAGCCGACUUCCCUCAGGAGCACUAUCAAUUCAGAUAG